AUGCCAAAGGAGCCAGCCGUCGUGAUAGUCGUCAGACACGGAGCUCGACUCGACGCAGCCGACAAAUCAUGGCAUCUGACGUCGCCUACACCCUAUGAUCCGCCUCUUACUUAUGGCGGAUGGAUCCAAUCGAGAGCGCUAGGUCUGCGCAUUGCCAGCUUAUUACACGAUCGAGAGAAGGGCCCGGCCACCUCGGGCACCUCGUCACCAGCUGGCGCGCCGACAGACUCAGGUCUGGGUAUCCGAGACUUCGCCCUCUCUGAAGGCGAUCUGAAGGUCAAGUCGACGUCCAAGGGCGGAUCGAAGCGUCGGAAGCACAAGGUCGUCAUCCACUCGUCGCCCUUCCAGCGAUGCGUGCAAACGGGUAUCGGCAUCAGCGCCGGUCUGUCGCAGUACCAAGGCUUGCCAGCAAACGCCAGAAAGAGCAGCGAUGCACGCAUCAAGACACUCAGCCAACUGCGUGGCUCCCCGAGCUUGCGUCCGAAAGAUGCAACUGCUUCGCCCCAGUUACGACCCGUACCCGAGCAUCACCCUGAGUCGCGCGAGUAUUUCCGCUCCUCGCUGAAAGAGCAGGAGGACCACAAAAAGCAGCAAGCCCUCAUACGCACCACCCUCCGUGUCGAUGCCUUCUUGGGCGAAUGGCUAUCGCCCGACUAUUUCGAAAUGAUUACGCCGCCUCCAGACAGCACCUUGAUGGUUACGGCAGCAAAGGCCGAAUUGCUGCGUCAGGCUGACAACAUCGACACUUAUACACCUUCGUCUCCGAUUGUGUCGGGCGGUAAUCUCUGGGGAACCAACCAAACCGCACGCCAACACUCGCACUCGGUCAGCAACGUCAAUCCCUCUCCUCUAUCACAUGAAACCGAUGGCCCGUUGGAAAACUGGCAAGUCUUUUCGCGCGAGGUACCAGGCAGAGAUCGCACAAACAGCCUCGGCACCAACAAGUCCGCCGACCAGUUCAGACCUGCCAAUCCUUCGCCCUCGUCGCACAAACACGACACUUCGUUGGGUUAUACCCCACCUACUCCGACUUAUGCUAUUUCACCUGGCGAUGCUAUACCUCGCGGCUAUGUCGCUCACGCUCGUGACCAAUGUGUUAAGGUGGACUACAAGUGGGAUAGCAUGCGCGAGCCACGCUGCUGGGGCGAUGGUGGUAAGUUCGGAGAGGAAUGGAGCCAAAUGCAUAAGCGCUUCCGACAUGGCUUGUCCAGUAUGGUUGACUGGUAUGCCACAACUCAAUCCGAGUCUAAGCAGCCUGUUGCCGACGACCACGAAGCUGUUCCAGAAGCAAACGACGAUGAUGACGAAGAUCUUGUUGUCGUGCUGGUCACGCAUGGAGCCGGCUGCAAUGCCCUGAUCGGCGCCCUCACCAACCAACCUGUCCUACUUGAUGUCGGCAUGGCUUCGCUCACCAUGGCUGUACGCAAGGAUGAUGUUUCUACAUCGCCAUCAUCCGGCGAGCUUGUUUCACCUAUAGACUCGCCAGCUCUAGGAAAUUCGCCUGCUCUUGGCCCUGUGGAUGCAACACGCCGCCCUGUCCCACGACGAAAGAGCUCCGUUGAUUCUGGCUUGUCUUCCUAUUACGACAUGAAGAUCGUUGCUUCGUCUGAACAUCUUCGUCCUGGUGUCGAUCCUACCAAAUCUUCUGUGCCUAUGAUUGGCUCACCUGUUCUCUCUGCCUCUCAAACUGUGCCAUCAUCACGCAGUCGUCGCUUUGGAUCAGCUAGCUCCCAUGCCUCGGCUGGCGCUCCUGUCGACUCGAGCUGGAACCUGCCAGAGCCCAGAGCCAGAAUUAACAGUUCGCUUGGUAGUAUGCGCCGUCCCUCUCGACCAGCCAUCACACCUGUUCUCACAACCCCUAUCCUUCCCUCUGCUAUGAAAAACGACUCGCCCACUGGUCUUUGGAACUCAGGCAGUGCCAAAGACAGUGACUCUCCUGGUUUCCUUAACGUCUUGGCUCGAUCAAACUCACUAGCAGCACGUCUGUCUACUCCUAAGGUGACUACGCCAGAGCGUUCGGUCUCCCCAAAAGCCGAGGCUCGAUCCGCAGAAACGGAAACAGACGCGGGGCCAGACGCAGGUGCCAUACAGGAAGAAGCCAAAUCGAGUGUGUCGGCGCUACCGACGGUUGGCGAGAACCCACCACCAAAGUUGGCAAGAUCACUAAGUCAGAAAGGCCUCUGGGGAAGUGCGCCGAGCGGUACAUUUCCUCGUGAAGCAGGCAUUCCCAAGCGACGUUGGACUGUCGUCCAAGACUGA